CUGCACGCAUCACCGCCAGCCCAAGAAACGAGGGACGAAACCGCGAGGGUCGACGAGGAAUACGACACACGAGAGCUCGACAGCACGGCUCGGUUUCCUUUCUUCUGCGAAAGAGAACUAUGGGUCGGCUGGAGAGAUGGGACGUUCCCGGCGACUCCAUCCGACUACAUGAGCCUCAUCUGCAUGUGCGCGUUGAGUGCUCAACACGUCGGCAACCGCGCUCUUUUCACCGAUGACACGGCUCCCUCAGAGAGCGCAGGCCUCUCACAAGACUAUCUUAAAGAAGCUGUCCGUCUGACGGACACUGAUUUUGACGGGCCGAACAUCAAUGUCAUCCGGUCCUACGGUUUUUUGGCGUUGCUCGGAGCGCAAGAAGGAAACACGGCCAUGGUGCACAAAUAUCUCGCCCUUUACCACGGCUUGUGCGCGCAGUUUGGCUUGCAUGAUGAGUCAAGAUGGCCACUCGACACAACAGACUGCGACAGAGAAGUCAGACGUCGCCUUUGGUGGGCCAUGUACCGACUAGAGGUGCACACCGCCUGCGUCCUGGGAAGCCUCGUGCGUUGCCCCGAGGCUCACUCCGACGUUGGCUACCCCUGCGGGAUUCACCACCCGGCCUUCAUCCCCGGCCGAGACGGCAAGUUCGAGAACUGGUUCGAGGGGUGGAACCUGACGACGGAUCUGUACCGCGUCCUCGAACACGCGAUAUCCGAGUUCAGGGCCAAGAACCGCGACCGCAGGUCCAUCCUCCAGGACCGCCAGAUCCACAACACGUCCCAGGCCAUCUCGCAGACGCUGUCCAAGAUCCAGGCCGAGCUGCUCCCGCAGUUCGGCACCGCCACCACGCGGUCGGCCGACAACGGGAGAAACCGCUGCGGGUUCCAGGCCUCCAACAUACUCUGCACGAUCCACCUGGCGCGCAUGAUCUCGUCCGUCUCGAGCGACGACAGCCUGCACUCCGCGUUCCAGACCGCGCGCAACAUGAUGGACAACAUGGUGACGAUACCGAUCGAGUACGUGCGCGCCGUCGGGUCCCCGCUCGUCCAGCAGCUGGCAGGCGUCGGACACAUGCUCGUCAGCGUCGCCGUGAAGCACAGGCUGUCGGAGCUGGAGUACGAGACUUUUAGGGAGGUCCUCGUGUCGAUGAUUCGGUUCUUGGGAAAUCUGGAGAGCUUCAAUAACGCCGCCGUCGCCGCCAAGCAGCGGCUGACUUCGAGACUGGCGGACUUGGAUGAGCACGUGUCUCAGUCGACUGAAGAGAUGUCCUUGGAGACCGUAAGCCACAUGCAGUUGGGCUGGUCGCCAUACUUGGACACGAUACUCAACGAGUCGAAUCGCGAGGGAGCAGAUAUCUUCUCGACAAAUCUCUUGGACAGCUUCACCUGGCCUUAUGGUUCAAUACAGGAACCGGAGUAA